AGAGUGUGGUUAAGGAGGUUGUUGAGGAGAAAGAGACGACGGAGAAGAAGAAGGAAGAGGUUGUUGUUGAGGGGAAACCGACGAAGAAGAAGAAGAAGAAAUCUGCGUCGGAUGAGAAACGUGAGCUGAUGGAGGUUUGGAAUGAGAAAAUGGUGGCGGAAACUGAAAAUGCUGGUGGUGCAUUGAGUGAUAAGAGCUCAACGGCGAAGGUGAAAGAGACUAUUAGGACUUUUAACAAACACUAUCUUCAUUUGGUUCAGGUGGAAGAAGAGAGGGUUGCUAAAGAGAUAGCUGAAUUUGAGAAGACAAACGGCGGGAAGAAAUCUGCUGCUAAAAAGAAAUCUCGAGGGAAGAAGUCCCCUAAGAAAGAUGCAAAAACUAAAGAAGAAAAGCACCCUUCCAAGCGACCUUCCAAGCGACCUGAUCUGAAAGUCAUAACCAAGAUGAUGCAAAAUAAUGAGAUACUCUACCCUGGCAAAAGAAUUGGCAGCAUUCCAGGCAUUGAGGUUGGAUAUCAGUUCUAUUCUCGUGCUGAAAUGGUUGCAGUUGGUUUUCAUAGCCAUUGGUUAAAUGGCAUUGAUUUUAUCGGCAAAUCUUAUUCUAAAAUGUACAAGCUCAAUCUCCCAGUUGCUGUGGCCAUUGUUAUUUCAGGCAUGUAUGAGGAUGAUCUGGAUAAUGCUGAGGAUGUUGUGUACACUGGUCAAGGUGGGCAUAAUCUGACUGGUAAUAAGCGUCAAAUUCAAGAUCAAAAGUUGGAGCGGGGUAAUUUAGCACUCAAGAACUGCUGCAAGCAAGAAGUGCCAGUAAGGGUGAUUCGAGGUCAUAAUUCAAGUAGCAGUUACACUCGUAAAGUCUACACAUAUGAUGGCUUGUACAAGGUUGACAAAUAUUGGGCAGAUAAGGGAUUGUCUGGCUUCACAGUAUACAAGUUUCGUCUCAGGCGGGUCGAAGGACAGCCUACAUUAACAACAAAUCAGGUCUAUUUCACAAUGGGACGUGUACCUCAGUCUACAGCAGAAAUACGAGGGUUGAUCUGUGAGGAUAUCACUAACGGUCAGGAAACUGUGCCCAUUCCAGCUACAAAUUUGGUUGAUGACCCACCUGUUCCACCUCCCCCAGGUUUCAAAUAUUUGAAGUCUCUGAAGGUUGCAAAAAGUGUUAGGCUUCCUGUGAGUGCCUCUGGAUGCAAAUGCAAUGGCAAAUGUAUUGAUCCAAACACCUGUGAAUGUGCGAAGAGCAAUGGCUCUGAAUUUCCCUAUGUAUCUAAAGAUGGUGGCAGACUAAUUGAAGCUAAAGACGUUGUGUUUGAAUGUGGUCCCAAUUGUGGCUGUGGUCCUGAGUGCGUGAAUAGGACUUCUCAAAGAGGACUUCAAUAUCGUCUAGAGGUUUUCCGUACUGCAAAGAAAGGAUGGGCUGUUAGAUCCUGGGAUUUUAUACCUUCUGGUGCACCAGUUUGCGAGUACACAGGAAUUCUUGGUAGGACAGAAGACGUGGACUGCGUAUUGGAAAACAACUAUAUUUUUGAGAUAGAUUGCUUGCAAACAAUCAAGGGUCUUGGUGGAAGGGAGAGGCGGUCAAAAAAUGUAGCAUAUGCUUCAAGUUUGCUGGAAAAAUACAAUGACCAAGAUUCUGAAAGUGCGCCAGAGUUUUGCAUUGAUGCAGGGUCUACUGGAAAUGUUGCUAGGUUUAUAAACCAUUGUUGUGAGCCUAAUUUGUUUGUACAAUGUGUUUUGAGCACACACUAUGAUUUGCGAUUGGCUCGAGUGGUGCUGUUUGCCGCUGACAACAUACCCCCUUUACAGGAGCUGACAUAUGACUAUGGCUAUGCACUUGAUAGCGUCUUGGACUCUGAUGGGAAGGUAAAGCAAAUGGCGUGCUAUUGUGGAGCUGCAGGCUGCAGGAAGCGAUUAUUCUAAAUCUCAUGUCCCUUUCUGAGAUAUAAGUAGGAGAUCUUUUUGACGGUUAUCAAGAGCAUAUUUUUUGGUGCAAAUCAACACAUGGUCUCCUAAAACUUCCUAGUGCUCUUGCUAUACCUGUUUGAUUUGUAGUACAUGCAUUGGGCCAAAAAUGAAAUUGUAUAGAUUUUAUUCUGCUCAUAGUAGCCCUAUUUAUUGAAUAUCACAACUUUA